UUAUUAUUAUUAUUUAUGUAAUUUCUCAUUUAUUAAUUUCUUAUUUUCUUAAGAUUAUUUGUAAUUAAUGAUGGAUAUAAAUUAGUUGUAUUCAUUCACAAAAAUUAUUAGCCUAUGAAUUUUAUUUUUAUUUUUUCCAACCAUUAUAAUAUUUCAUACCACUUGAAGGUAUGUUAGUUGUUUUAAAUUAAAACAUCAAUAGGUUAUUGGAGCGUUAAAUGAGAAUGAGAAUUUGUGAGACACGUCGUAAACAUGAUCAGUCUUUACGAUAGGGGAACUUCUCCAAUUUGUUGCCAUGGCUACGUGUGCGCCCUUGUCUGAUCUGGGACCAAAAAAUAAGUUCAUACCUCGUCUUGGCUCCAGAGAACAAGGGCGAUCUAAAAUGAAGGGCGCUUUAAAAAAGGAUCAAAUUGCUGACGUCGUCAGCAAGGAAUCUAAAGAAACUUCAAAGCAAUUUGAAGCUACGCAGAAAAGGGGCAAAUUCUACCACCUCUUCGGCUUCUACCCAAGUGACCUGAGGUCGUGCCAAAGUCUGAUUCUUCUCAUGUGUCGACCGACAGACGCUGCCAGCUUGGGAGUUGUUCGAGCGCUUUUUGGAUUUCUGAUGGUCUUUGACAUUCCUGAUGAGCGCGGUUUAGCGAUUGCAGACAUUCGCUGGGGCAACCCUCUUGAUUGCCGAUUUCCCCUGUUUGAUUUUCUGCCUCUCCUCUCACUCCAGUGGAUGUUCAUGGUGUACUUAGUAAUGUGGAUAGGUGCACUUGGUAUCACUUUGGGAUUUUUCUUUCGCACAAGUUGUGUAGCUUUUGCUAGCACCUAUUGGUACAUUUUCCUGAUGGACAAGUCCUCUUGGAAUAAUCAUUCCUACCUAUAUGGCUUACUUGCUAUUUUGUUGCUCCCUUCACAAGCUAACCUGUACUGUUCUCUCGAUGCGUGGAUUUGGCCCAAAAAGCAGAAAAAAGCUCCUCUGUGGAAUUAUGCCAUUCUACGUUAUCAGCUAUUCCUGUUGUACUUUUUGGCUGGGCUCAAGAAGUUGGACUUUGACUGGCUAAAUGGUUAUUCCAUGACUUACUUAGCCAACCACUGGGUAUUUCAGCCAUUCAGGACUUUUAUGACACCAGAACAAGUUGACCUUUGGAUCAUCCACGUAGGAGGAUUUGUCCUUGAUCUCACAGUUGCAUUUUGGCUGUUCUUCGACAAGACUAGGCCCAGUGCACUUUUCUUUUGCUCUUCGUUCCAUUUGAUGAACUCUCAAAUCUUCUCAAUUGGGAUGUUUCCAUAUGUUUGUCUCGUAACUUUGCCAUUAUUUUGUGACCCAUCUUGGCCAAGGAAAAUAUUCCCAACUAGUACUACUAAUGACUAUGAAACUGGUUCAGAAGAUCCGAGCUGCCUCAAGCCAAUUUAUCACAAAGAUAAACUGAAAAUCCAAUGGAAGCAUUACUUAAUCUUGACGUGUUUAGCGUCCCAUAUCUCAAUUCAAGCUGUACUGCCGUAUUCCCAUUCUUUCACAAAGGGCUUUAAGAAUUGGACACCAGGGCUGUAUGGGUAUUCGUGGGAUAUGAUGGUGCACUCGUGGAACACAAUUUUAGUUCUCCCAAAGGUUAUAGACAGGAGCUCUGGGAAGGAGAUAUUUUUGAAUCCAGAUGCAUGGGUGCAGACUGACAGGUGGAGCAAGCAUCCAGAUAUGGUUUACCAAUGGGCUAAAUGUGUUCAAAAGAACUUGUUGGAUACCCAAGGAAUGAACGAUGUUUCUAUCUUUCUUGACGUUUUAAGCUCUUUAAACGGGAGAUUCCAACAACGUAUGUAUGACCCACGAGUCGAUUUGACAAAAGUAGUUUGGUCACCAUUCGAAGAACCUAAAUGGACACUGCCUCUUUUGACUGACCUAUCAUCCUGGAGAAUAAAACUGCCUGAAAUUGAAAAUCAAAUAUUUGCUUGGUCCAAUUACAGUGAUGUGCUGUUUGUUGCUGAUUUUCCAGGCCUGUCAAUGGAAAAUUUCAUCUCUGAAGGACUUGGAAAUAUAAGUUUGACUGUACUAGAAGGAGAGGUUGAGUUUGAGCAAAACACCUUGCUUUCCGAGAGGGAAGUUGUUAGAAAAGCUAUCGUAAGGCCUGGCGAAGCAGUAGAUGUUGAGAGCAAAGCAUUUCACCACAUCAAGACAAUUUCCUUAACCCCGUCCUGCUACAUGUAUACAUUUGUCAACGAAACUGCUCAAAAACUCAAGAAUAAUUAUGAUGACUAUGUGCCGAAUUCUGGAGAAAUUUCUAAAGGAGUAUACGAAGCUAUUUUAAUAAGGUUCAGAAGCAUCAAAUUGUCUGGGUCUUUGAUUUGGAAUGCUAUUCUGAACCUAGUGUUUGGGGUUCCCGUUCCGCGUAGAGUAAAAAUAACUCCGUGAUGUGUGAACAGAGCAGCUAAUUCAAUGUUGUAGAGAUCCGUGUGUUCAUUGCCCGUGCCAAGUAAACUAAAUAUACGUAGAAUUUAGCUUUUUUGAGCAUCUAUUACAAUUUUUGAUAAUUUUGGUUCAGUUUACAUACAGCAAAGAUAAGACUAUGUAUUGUGAUGGUUUUUUGCAUUAUGUCUAUUUUAUUUAAUAAAUGUGAUGCACAAUAAAAAAUAAAAUUUGCUUUACGAAA